UCGGGUACGGUAUGGUAAUGCACUGCGUUUGAUAGGGAAAUGUUUGCGUAAUAAUCGCAGCGCUUGGACAUGGGUAUAAAUGGGAGUACCAGUGACGCCGGGCCCGUUAGUGUACCCUUUCGGUAGACGAGAGUGAGUGAGUGAUGAUGAGAAGGCUUCCUCUACUAGUGCUGCUGAUCAGCGGCACCUGUGCCGUGCUUGGCCAGCGUCCACAUAAACCGGAAUGGAGUGAGCGUGAGUUUGAGCUGGAGAAUCCGCAGCAGCAGCAGCAGCAGCCCCGUUCGGACGACGAUAUCGACCAGAGCUACCGGCUUCCGACUGAUACCGUGCCGACGCACUACUCCAUUCGACUGCACACCAACCUGCACACCGGUGCCCGCGCAUUCACCGGCGCUGUGGACAUCCAUCUGGAUGUGAUCGUUCCGACCGGACACAUCACCGUGCACAACCGUGACCUGACCAUCGUUUCGGCCGCUCUGUUCGCCAAGCAGGACGAUGGGCUGCUGGUAGAGUUUGGAUUCCCCGAAUACGGGUACGAUGCCCGUACGGAGCAGUUGACGUUCCACGCCGGUCAACAGCUACCACUCGGUAGCUACGUUCUGACGAUCGAGUACACGGGUCUGCUUCAGACGUCCUCCAGCAGUGGCUUCUUCCUGAAGUCCUACGUUAACGAUGAAGGUGUGCGCCGCUACGUCGGAACGACGCAGUUCGAGUCGACCAACGCCCGUAUGGCAUUCCCGUGCUACGAUGAGCCGCUGUUAAAGGCCACCCAUACGCUCUGGAUUACCCAUACCGCGGACUACAGUGCUGUAUCGAAUAUGCCCGCUGAGGCGGUCGAGGAAGCAGCAGGACACGAAGGUUACGUAACGACUAAAUUCGGUGCGACACCGAAGAUGUCCACCUAUCUGCUCGCCUUCGGAGUGUCCGAUUUUGACGUGAUCGAAGAUGGCAAGCAGCAGUUGUACGCGCGCCCCAAUGCGAUCCAUGAGGCACAGUUUGGACUAGAGGCUGGCGUAAAGAUCCUUGAUGCACUGAGCGAGUACACGUAUGUGUCGUACUACGACUAUAUGCCGAAGCUGUCGCAGAUGGCUAUCCCGGAUCGAGGCGGUGGUGCCAUGGAAAACUGGGGACUCGUGAAGUACGCCGAGACGGGACUGCUGUUUAACCCAUCACGUAACACUUACCGUACGCGCAAGGGAAUUGCUGUUGUCAUUGCGCACGAACUAGCCCAUCAGUGGUUUGGUGAUCUGGUUGGACCGCAAUGGUGGAGCUACAUUUGGUUAAACGAAGGAUUUGCCGAAUUAUACGGUUACGUUGGAGCGGAUCUGGCAUACCCGAACGAGGGCUAUUGGGACCUCUACACGGUUGAAAACAUUCAUACCGCGUUCGGACCAGACUCGAGCGAUACUAUCCGACCGAUGACGCAAGAUGCAACGACACCAUCGGGUAUUUCGGGACUCUUCGAUACGAUCGCUUAUGACAAAUCUGGAAGCGUGAUCAACAUGUUCCGAACGGUGCUCGGUGAUGAUAACUUCCGGGCUGGGUUGAAGAUUUACCUCACCAACCGGCAGCUGGAUGGUGCCGUGGCUGACGAUCUGUACGCUGGACUGCAGGAAGCCAUCGAUGGUAAGGACGUGCUCCCAGAGGGAGUGAGCGUGAAGCUGUUGAUGGACAGCUGGACUACUCAGCCGGGCUAUCCGGUGUUGAACGUGCGCCGCAACUACGAUGACGGUUCCGUGAUCGUGUCCCAGGAACGGUUCUACGCUGACAAACGCGUACCGAACGACAACAUCUGGUACAUUCCGUACUCGUUCGCCAGCGCUUCCGAUCCCAGCUUUGACGAUCUGUCCAGCUUCGACUGGUUGGCACAGAAGGCGGAACGUAUCGCGGAAACCGGAGCUGCCGCCGAUGACUGGCUUAUCUUCAACAAGCAGCAAACCGGCUACUAUCGUGUCAAUUACGAUGCUCACAACUGGCUGCUGAUCGCACAAGCGCUGCAGAAGGACCCCUCGGCCAUCCAUCGCUUCAACCGGGCUCAGCUGAUUAACGAUGCGUUCAACCUUGCCCGUGCUGAGCGUCACGAUAUGGCGCUCGCCCUGGAUCUGCUCACCUACCUGGCCAACGAAACCGAAUACGCUCCGUGGGCGGCAGCGAACACUGUCCUGACGUAUUUCUACGAUAAGCUGCGCGGAACCGCACACUACCAUGACUUUAUCGUCUACGUGGACGCCCUCGUCGGUAAGGUGUUUGAUGGGCUCGGUGAGUUUGUGGCCGUACCGGAAGAUGAACCGCUGCUACACAAGUACCUGAAGCAACUCAUCACGACCUGGGCCUGCCGGGUCGGCUAUACCGAGUGUCUGCGCCAAACCAGCGAAGCUCUGAGCACUGCCGUCGAGACCAACACGCCGGUGCAUCCGGACGUACAGUACGUGGUGUACUGCUACGGUCUGAAGGGUGCCUCCGAUGACGUGUACCGUUGGUUGUUCAACCAAAUGAUCACCUCUAAAAACGAGGCCGAACGCCAGCUGCUGAUUGAUACGCUGGGCUGUGCGCAGGAUCGCGAGCAACUCACUUCGCUGCUGUCCGUGGCACUCGGUGGCAACGCGGAGCUGGAUAGUCUCCUCUCGGGCGAACGAUCCCGUAUCGUAUCGGCAAUCUAUUCCGCCGGGCGAGUCGGUGUCGAGGCGCUGUUUGAAGCCCUUUCUAGCCCCGUGUAUGCCCAGGAGUUUGUCGGCCGUCUGGGACAGGGUGCGCUGAACUCGGUUGUCAGCAACGCAGCCUCGCGUACCAACAAUGAAGCGGAGCUCGAACAGUUGGAGAACUUCCUGGCCGCGCUAGGUGAUGCCGUUAGUGCCGAUACGGUGGAGGCUGCUCUGCGCACCAUCAGCACGAAGGAAGCCUGGUUCACGUCGUACGAAGGAGUUCGCUCGACGACUUAUUUCGCUGACUUCUCCAACUAAUAUGAUCCCAAUGGUCAC